UGGGUCAUGCUGAAAACAUUCCUGUCCUAUGAAGCAAGUCUGUUUGUAUUUUAGGUUUGCCAGGACUAAUGAAUUAAAAAUCUUGGGCUCGCCACAAUUUGCUGCUUGAUAAUGCCUGUGACAGAAGGAUUUUUUCCUCCCUGAAGCGUGACAGCAUCAGAAUCUCUCGUCCCUAGCAAGGAGAGGAAGGGAAAACAGAAUUGUGGAGAAAAGUGGAAAAGGGUGAUCUUUUGGGACAGCAAAGCCUAUGGGAAGUGCAGGUAGCAGCAUGUUGCCCUGACAGCUGUCUCAGCUUCUCAGACCUUGUCAGUUUGUUGCUAUGCAGCAGGUGCAGCUUUUUCUUUUAUUGAAGCUUUACUCCAUAGAGGCAACGACAAGCCAAGGCAGUGGCUGGCCCUGGAUUAUACAAGUGCAGACGCUCCACUAAGUGAGGGUUUCAUCUCAGUAAAACAACUUUUGGGAGUUGGCGGUCUCAGAAGAAAGACUGAGGACUGAAUAAGGUCCCAAUCCAGGAGGCAAACCCAUGCAGACAGACCCCCACACCUGCACAGAGUUCCACUGAAGAAUCACCACCAAGAACCAGGCAGCAUUGCCACGAGUCAAGGCUUGCUGAAGGGGAAAUGGCGGGGAGCAAGCAGCUGGAACAAACAAGUAAAAGCAUUGACUCAAGUGCCCACAUGAUCACCACCGCCAGGGUACCUGCUGAUAAGCCAGUACGAAUUGCCUUCAGCCUGAAUGACUCCCCAGAUGAUGCUUCCUCUGAAAACUCCUUCCCUUUGGCAUUUCCAGAACUAGAUCAGCAGCUUCAGCCACUGCCUCCUUGUCAUGACUCUAAGGAAUCUAUGCAGGUGUAUAAGCAACACUGCAAAAUAGCAGAAGAGUACCAUGAGGUCAAGAAAGAAAUUGCUCUGCUGGAAGAAAGAAAAAAGGAGCUGAUUGCCAGGCUGGAACAAGUGGAAAAAGAAAGCAUGGAUGCUGCUCAGCUGGCUAAAGAGUAUGCAGAACUGACAGAGGAGAACCGAACACUGAAGCUGGCCCAGACGCAGUGUGUAGAGCAACUGGAAAAGCUCAGAAUACAGUACCAAAAAAGACAGGGGUCCUCAUAACUCUCAACUAGCUUAUGUGAGGUAGUUAAUACAGGAUUGGUCCUGUGCUGGAAAGAUAUUUUAAAAUAAAGGUCUGUUUAAUAUGUUACAAUACUUUACUACAGAUACAGAGUAUGCAGAAGUCUAUAUUUGAUUUAAUGCUUGCCAGCCAGUAGCUUAAUAUAAUGGAUAUUUCAUCCAUUAUAUAAUGGAUAUUUUAUUUCAAGUAACAUAAUUGAAGUUAACCUAUCCCCAUUAUAUGUUCUAGUAGAUCAUGUUUCUUUUCUAAACAUAUUUCUUCCAAUUUAAGAAGAUAUGGACACACUAGAAAAUGAUAUAAAUAGUCUCUGUGUUGGGAAUUUGGACCAUACUAAGGCAUAGAGCAGGGACAAUGGUAAUAUAUGGAAUACAUUUAUGUUAAUUUUAGUUUGGUUGAAGAUUUUUCUAAUAAUUUUCCUCAUGCCUAAAGUGUUUGGAAGUUAUCUUAAGAUGGAUCUCCUCAGGGGUAAAAGCUAUACUUUAUUAUCCCAUGUCAACUUUUUAUUGCUGUAUAAAAUCUGAAAAAUAGCACAUUGAAAACUGAAGUGAUGUAGUUAUUUUUUAAUCAAACGAGUGUACUGCCAGUAAUAAUUUGCAAGUUAUGAAAUUAAAAGGAAACAGAUGAGAUGAAACUUUCCUUCCUUAAGCAUAAAGAUAGCUUGAGAGUAUUUUAAUUGUACUUUUUGGCAUGCAAGAAAUGAAAAAUUAAUACAUGAAACUACCAUCAUAGUUUCAACUGAGAAUAUGUCAGUAAAAGUACUGUGAGGAUAUUUUGUUCUUACUUUCUGGUCUGUAUGAAACAUAAGUGGCUGUAAGUACGGACAUGAGUUAUGUGAUAUAUGAAUAACCUGGAAGUAAAAUGUUAGUUGUACUUGCUCUAUUUAUCCCUGUAUUUUCCUAGAUCAACUGAAAAUUCUUUGUUAUACUUCCAUUUCUAUUCAUACAGUAUUUUUUUCAUUAAAAGUGGAUAUCAAAAAAAA